UAAGAGCACCAAAAAAAACUGAAGAAAUACGAAACAAAUAAAGGAAUUAAUAUAAAACAAAAAGACUGAAUCAAUACUGGAAUAAAAGGAACAGCUGAAAUACUCAGAUACUUGACUACAUUACGACAGAAAUUAGCACAAUGACGUCAUUGAGAAUUGUCGCUCUUGUUUGGCUGGCUGUGAUCUUGGUUGAGGAAUCUUCAAUGUCACAGGAAACGUCUCCAUGCUUGUCUCGCCACAGCGUCUGUCGAGCAGCUCCCAACACCAACGAACUGUGCCAAUGUCCGUCUGGUAAUCCCUGCCCUGACACGUCAAGUCCGGGACCGCAGGCGUUAAAACUUGGAAGCAAACUAUUAUAUAUGACAUGUUCGUCAUUAUCCGAACUUGACCAGUGUUCCAACGGACAAAACGCCAUCCACGUCAGUGUGGACUUCAAUCAUACGUUAGGCGCAUCCACCAACAAAAAAUUAAGGGUUCUGUGCCAGUGUGGACAAGGAUUCAAAGUAGCGCGCAGUCAGUCAUCAAAAACCAGCACCCCGAUAACGGAUAGCGCCCAAGACGUAGUGGUUAUGACUUGGUUCCACAAGUGCGUCGCGAACGAUAAACGUAGAGACAGUGACGAUGAAGGCGCAGAGCAAGGUCAAGGCCAACUAGAUCACGUCUGGAAAAGAAGUGUCGAGGACGUCAGCGGCUUCUACAAAAGAGCUCCUGGUGAGGAGGACAGCGCGUUCUAUAAAAGAUCUCCUGACGGUGACCUGAGCGGCUUUUAUAAGCGAGACCCGUACGACGAUAGCGCUUUUUAUAAAAGGGCUACAAAUGAUGACCUCAGUGGUUUCUACAAGAGGGCGCCUUCUGAUCUGAGCAAUUUUUACAAGAGAGCUCCCGGGGAUCUGAGUGGCUUUUACAAGCGUGGGCCUUAUGAUGAGAGUAAUUUCUACAAGAGGGCACCAGAUGAUCUUAGCAAUUUCUACAAGAGGGCACCGUCCGAUUUGAGCAAUUUCUACAAGAGGGCGCCGUCUGAUCUGAGCAAUUUCUACAAGAGGGCGCCUUCUGGUUUAAGUAAUUUCUACAAGAGAGAACCUUCUGAAAUAAGCAACUUAUACAAAAGGGGACUGUCCAAAAUGAGUAACUUCUAUAAAAGAUCCGUGCCCGAUAUGAGCAAUUUUUAUAAGAGAGGGUCGUCUGAUUUGGACAGCUUCUACAAAAGAGAGCCUUCCGACCUCAGCAAUUUCUAUAAGAGGGCUCCAUCUGAUCUUAGCUAUUUCUAUAAGAGAGCACCCUCUGACCUCAGCAAUUUCUAUAAGAGAGCACCAUCUGACCUCAGUAAUUUCUACAAGAGAGCGCCGUCUGACCUCAGUAAUUUCUACAAGAGGGCGCCGUCUGACCUCAGCAGCUUUUACAAACGAGCUCCCACGGACGUGAGUAACUUCUACAAGAGGGCACCCUCCAACCUAAGCAGUUUUUACAAGCGAAACUUCAAUGGAGACCUUGAUGAAACCAACGAAGCAUCCAAAACGUCGGCUUCUGUCAGAGAUAUCUAAUCUGAAACAGUGACACUCUAUUUUUGGCAAUUUGCGAUCACGUGAUAGACUUUGUCAAAAAAUAGAAUUAAUAAAACGAAACAAAACACUC